UAAGCACAGGCAGGAAGACAGGAACGGCAGUAGCUGAUGAUGUCAGCAACCUCAGACUGACACAGGAGGAUUAGCACAGGCAGGAAGACCUGUCACGCUUGAAUGCUGGAAUUCAGAAUGCAAACAGGAAACGUCUGGAGAGACAACGGAAGCUUGACACAAAUUAACAAGCAAUGAAGCCACACAUAGGACAUUGAUCUACAUGUGUGAUUGUCCCCUCCUGUCACCAGCGCAGAAGUAACGGACUGUGUAAGAAGGGAAGGUGGUCAGCCCAGAUGUAUCAGAUGUCUGUGACGUUCCAUGAUGUGGCGGCCUGCUUCUCUGCUGAGGAAUGGCGGCAACUGGAGGACUGGCAGAAAGAGCUGUACAGAAAUGUGAUGAGAGAGAUCCACUCUGCACUGCAGGCCAUGGGUUUCGAGAUUAUAAACCCUGACGUCCUGUUCAGGGUAAAGAGAGUGAAAGACCUUUACGCGGGUGUCGGUGAGCUGGCAGCUGGACAUACCGGGAGCCCAGAGCAUCUGAUGGGGAUAAAACAGGAGCGAGGGCCCCACUCAGACCUUUGCAAGAGAAGGGCGACCAAGUCCAGCCUGAGCCAACAACCCGUUUGCACUCCAGAUAUCUUACUGAGGAUCAAGCAAGAGGACAAAUUGGCAUUUGCAGAAAGUGCAGAGAAGACUGCAGCAAGUUGCCCUGCUGAUCCAGUUGUCACCUCAGUGUUCUCCUUAAACGUCACUGAGGAAGAGGAGAAGGAAGAGUGCGAAGCUGGCGAGUGUCCAGAGGUCAAAGCUGUGCUUUCAAAGAAACAACUAGCGUCUCCACCAAUCAAACAGGAAGAGGUGGAUUAUAUUCAAGUGUCGGUGGGGGGACAUGAGUCAGAUGAUGUCACAGGUACUUCCAGAGAUAGUGACCCAGAGCUACCGCACAGUGAGAUGGAUGAGUUUUGGCUUCGCGGAGCAUCUGAAGACCCUGACAUAAGAGAACAUUCCAGCAUGUCCAACCAAGAGAAUGGGCAUUUGGACACAAACCUGAAAGACUUGCCUGGCUCAGAGUAUAUCUUGAAUGGUUCCCUGUACAAAUGGAGCGGGUGGCAUAACAACGUUGGCAUACUUUCACCCCUUCCUCAGCACAGGAGAGACAGGCCAUAUCAGUGUAAUGAAUGUGACAAAAGCUUCUCUGAUCUCUCCCGCUUCCUCCGGCAUCAGAUCAGUCACACUGGUGGGCGGCCUUAUCACUGUCGCCACUGUGUGAAGACCUUUCGUCAACCGUAUGAGCUUAUGGUCCACCAGCGAGUGCACACGGGAGAGAAACCUUAUCACUGCACUGUAUGCGGGAAAAAGUUUAUUAAAAACUCCAUCUUGAAAGUGCACCAGAGGAUUCACACGGGGGAGAGGCCGUACAAGUGUACACUAUGCGCCAAGAGCUUUGUGCAGUCGCACCAUCUUAAGACUCACCAGAAAACCCAUAUAGGUGGAAGAAGACAAAAUUACUGAAAUGUUUCCACAGCGACCCACAUCUGAGGAACUAUUCAACACAGAUUAAAGCUCCUAUUCACAGGCGUUUGUCUGUAGCUGCUCUGUCAUAAACUGUUGAGUUGACUGCAUAAGUGGGCAGCUGUUCACCAAACAUGUUUUAUUGACGGCAUUCAAUCUGAUCACUAUGGCUAGAUUUUUGGACAUUACUGUCCCAGGAACAUUGAGAUAAGUUAAGUUUAUUCAAGAGAGGCUGAUUUCCCACUUACAGAAAAAACUAUUUAGCCACGAAGAUUGGUGAAAAAACAAAAAGCUAGAUAUUAUUUUGUCUCUGCUGCUGCUGGCCUUUAAUACUGUGCCUAUUGCGGUUCUUUGACUCUGGUAGAUAGAUCUAAGGCUGACAGUGUGUUCUACUAAAUUAGAGAGGUCUUUUAUUUAGCUUUGCAUGAAAGGUUUUCAUAUGUGUGGGUAAUGUGCAUUUCUUUCCCUAGCUAUUAAGUCCCAUACUCCAGAAGUAAAUAUUUAUUUUUACAAUUCCAAAGCACUUAGUACAAUUCUGAUUGCGCCAGUAUAAGCAUUAAUGCAGGACUACAUAUACUACAACACCAUGCUUCUUUAUGGAUGUGUUAAUCAGGCGAGAGACGCAUGCAUAACAGGACGUUUACACUUGCUGGAAGCCACGGCUGAUACCAUCAGGUCUAAGCACUUUAGCUCUCCUAUGACCCAUGUUUUGUUUAGAAGAAAUAAUAAGAGAAUACAAAUUAAACCUUUAUGUUAAGUCUCAGA